UCGCCCGCAGGCGCCUGCGCAAUGGGCCGGCCGUGGGGGGGGGCGGGAAGCGCUUCGGGGCAGCGGAGCCCAUGUCGGCCCUGAGGCGCUCGGGCUACGGCCCCAGUGACGGUCCGUCCUACGGCCGCUAUUACGGGUCUGGGGGUGGAGAUGUGCCUGUGCACCCACCUCCGCCCUUAUAUCCUCUUCGCCCCGAACCUCCCCAGCCUCCCAUUUCCUGGCGGGUGCGCGGGGGCGGCCCGACCGAGACCACUUGGCCGGGAGAAGGCGAAGGGGGAGAUGGCUACUAUCCUUCCGGAGGCACCUGGCCGGAGCCAGGUCGAGCUGGAGGAAACCACCAGGAGCAGCCACCAUAUCCUAGCUACAAUUCUAACUAUUGGAAUUCUGCUGCACGACCUAGGGCUCCCUACCCAAGUACAUAUCCUGUAAGACCAGAAUUGCAAGGCCAGAGUUUGAAUUCUUAUACAAAUGGAGCAUAUGGUCCAACGUAUCCCCCUGGCCCUGGGGCAAAUACUGCCUCUUACUCUGGGGCUUAUUACGCACCUGGAUAUACUCAGACCAAUUACUCCACAGAAGUUCCAAGCACUUACCGUUCACCUGGUGACAGCCCAACUCCAGUCUCUCGAUGGAUAUAUGCCCAACAGGACUGUCAGACUGAAGCCCCCCCUCUUAGGGGGCAGGUUCCAGGAUAUCCUGCUUCGCAGAACCCUGGAGUGACCCUGCCUCACUAUCCUUAUGGGGAUGGGAAUCAUAAUGUUCCACAGUCGGGACCACCCGUACGGCCACAGGAGGAUGCGUGGGCUUCUCCUGGGGCUUACGGAAUGAGCGCCCGUUACCCCUGGCCUGCAGCUGCGCCUGCAGCGCCUCCUGGGAAUCUGUACAUGACCGAAAGUACUUCACCAUGGCCCAGCAGUGGCUCCCCUCAGCCACCUCCUUCACCACCUCUCCAGCAGCCCAAGGAUUCCUCAUACUCCUAUAGCCAAUCAGAUCAAGGCAUGAACCGGCACAACUUCCCUUGCAGUGUCCAUCAGUACGAAUCCUCGGGAACGAUGAACAAUGAUAAUUCAGAUCUUGUGGAUUCCCAAGUCCAAUAUAGUGCUGAGCCUCAGCUGUAUGGUAAUGCCACCAACGAACAUCCCAACAAUCAAGAUCAAAGUAAUAAUCUUCCUGAAGAGUGCUUAUCUUCAGAUGAAGGUACUCCCCCAAGUAUUAAAAAAAUCAUACACGUGCUGGAGAAGGUCCAGUAUCUUGAACAAGAAGUAGAAGAGUUCGUAGGAAAAAAGACAGACAAAGCAUACUGGCUUCUGGAAGAAAUGCUAACCAAGGAACUUUUGGAACUGGAUUCAGUUGAAACUGGGGGCCAGGACUCUGUCCGGCAGGCCCGGAAAGAGGCUGUUUGUAAGAUCCAGGCCAUACUGGAAAAAUUAGAAAAAAAAGGAUUAUGAAAGGAUUUAGAACAAAGCGGAAGCCUGUUACUAACUUGACCAAAGAACUCUUGAUUUUGGUUAAUUACCCUCUUUUCUAAAUGCCUGUUGAUGACAAGAAGCAAUACAUUCCAACUUUCCUUUGAUUUAAAAUGUGAAAAAACUGAUAAAGGAAUGGAAGAACAUUUUAGUUAUGAAGUUGCUUUCAGUUUUCAGACGAAUGAAUGUAAUAGGAAACUAUGGAGCUAACAAUAUUGCCAAGUAGAUUCACUCCUUAAGAAAUUUAUGGAUUUCUGUAAGCUGCUUCUUAUCAGCAGGAGGGAAAUACACUUUAUGUAACAGGCUUAAUAGAAACCUACCAGAUGAGACUGGCUAUAAUCUGAGACAAAUAGAAUCUCUCUUUUUUUUUUUUUAAACAUCUGGAUGACUUGUCACAUUUUUGUACGUUGUGACUGCUUUCAGCAUACCCUUCAUGUGUAAAUUACAGUUUAGACUUUAGAUUCUUGGACUUGUUUUGUUACUUGCAGUUCACAAAUAUAGUAUUCUCUACUUCUUGG